AUGAUGCUACGAGCCUCCAUUGCCAACACCAAGAAGUUCUUCAACAAAACCUUAUGCAACUUCAAAUCCUUCUUCUCCAAUACCUACCAACGGCUUCCCAAGGCGCCGCCGCCCUUCUCCAUCGGCCACGAAAUGGAUAAAGACUCAUCCUUUAUGAAGAAUAGUAAUGGCAAUGCAGUUCGUUUUUCGAAGACGAUGGACGAGACCCAGAUGAAAAAGGUUGAGAAAAAUGAAGAUAGCAUCAAAAUUGGAGUGACCCAUCAAAGGAAAACGCAAGAAAAUUUGAAAGAGUAUGAUGAGAGAAGAAUGUGUUUGGUUGCUAAGAAAAUGAAAGAGUUGGAAAAGCUAGACGCUAGAGAUGUGGAUCAUGCUUUGGAUAUUGAAGAGAUUCUUCAUUACUACUCUCGUCUCUCUUGUCCAACGUAUCUUGAGAUUGUGGACAAGUUCUUCAUGGACAUUUUUGCUGAAUUUUGUGCUAAUUCAUCUUCUCAACAAACUAACCCAAUUGGGAAGGAAUCAUCAGUGGGGUUAGUGAGAAGAAAAUCUCGUUUAGGAAAGGUGGAGUCUUCGUCUUCUUAUUUCUGUUAG